UACUAUGCUGUAGUACAAUAUGGACAGAUAUCUGCUUUGCGAGGUGGAUGCCCCCUGGAGCAAGACAGACACAGUGUUGGAGGUUGGCGCGGGCCCCCGCCCUCCACGCCCCCCACGGGAAGGAAGCACCCCCCGAACUAAAAAGAGCGGAGCGGAAAGAAGCCCUCAUUCGGGGGCCAGGAGGCGAGCCGAUGCCGAGCUGCACCGCGUCCACCAUGCCGGGCAUGAUCUGCAAGAACCCAGACCUCGAGUUUGACUCGCUACAGCCCUGCUUCUACCCGGACGAAGAUGACUUCUACUUCGGCGGCCCCGACUCGACCCCCCCGGGGGAGGACAUCUGGAAGAAGUUUGAGCUGUUGCCCACGCCCCCGCUGUCGCCCAGCCGUGCCUUCCCGGAGCACAGCCCCGAGCCCCCGAACUGGGCCACCGAGAUGCUGCUGCCCGAGGCCGACCUCUGGGGCAACCCGGCCGAGGAGGACGCGUUCGGCCUGGGGGGUCUGGGCGGCCUCACCCCUAACCCGGUCAUCCUCCAGGACUGCAUGUGGAGCGGCUUCUCGGCCCGCGAGAAGCUGGAGCGCGCCGUGAGCGAGAAGCUUCAGCACGGCCGGCCGCCCUGGCCGGGCCGCCCCGGGGCCGCCCUGCCUGCCGAGCUCGCCCACCCGGCCGCCGAGUGCGUGGAUCCCGCCGUGGUCUUCCCGUUCCCGGUGAACAAGCGCGAACCCGCGCCCGUGCCCGCCUCCCCGGCCGGUGCCCCGGCGGCAGGCGCCGCGAUCGCUUCAGGGGCGGGCGCUGCAGCCCCUGUGGCGGCCCCGGUAGUCGCCCUUCCGCGUACCGGCGGCCGCCUGGCCAGCGCCAGCGACCACAAGGCCCUCAGCACCUCCGGAGAGGACACCCUGAGCGACUCAGAUGAUGAAGAUGAGGAAGAGGAAGAUGAAGAGGAGGAGAUCGACGUGGUGACCGUGGAGAAGCGGCGAUCGUCCUCCAGCAGCAAGGCUGUCACCACCUUCACCAUCACUGUGCGUCCCAAGAGCGCAGCCCUGGGCCCUGGGAGGGCUGCGUCAGGGGAGCUGAUCCUCAAACGCUGUGUCCCCAUCCACCAGCAGCACAACUAUGCUGCCCCGUCGCCCUACGUGGAGAGCGAGGAGGCACCCCCCCAGAAGAAGAUCAAAAGCGAAGCUUCCCCACGGCCCCUCAAGAGCGUCCCCCCACCCAAGGCUAAGAGCUUGAGCCCCCGCAACUCUGACUCGGAGGACAGCGAGCGCCGUCGGAACCACAACAUCCUGGAGCGCCAGCGCCGCAACGACCUGCGGUCCAGCUUUCUCACGCUCAGGGACCACGUGCCAGAGCUGGUGAAGAACGAGAAGGCCGCCAAAGUGGUCAUCUUGAAAAAGGCCACCGAGUACGUCCACUCCCUCCAGGCUGAGGAGCACCAGCUUCUGCUGGAGAAGGAGAAGCUGCAGGCCAGACAGCAGCAGUUGCUAAAGAAAAUUGAGCAUGCUCGGACUUGCUGAACGCAUCUCAGAACUGGACAGUCACUGCCACUUUGCACAUUUUGAUUUUUUUUUUUUAAACAAACCUUGUGUUGACAUUAAGAAUGUUGGUUUACUUUCAAAUCGGUCCCCCGUCAAGUUUGGAUCUGGGGUGGGGAGCAGGACACGAGGGGUCCUACCAAGACCUGCAUUGAUGGGAUGCUGGUGACCCUGGCGGCUUUUCCUGUGCGUCACUUCUGAGACAGCGGUUGAAGCCUGGGACCGUUGGGAGCCUUCUGGGGCUGUUGAAGUCACCUUGUUUGUUCCAAGUUUCCAGACAGAAAGUCAUUCCUUCUUUUUAAAAUGGUGCUUAAGUUCCAGCCGAUGCCACGUAGGGGUUUGCCACUGAUACCCCUGGGGAACAUUUCUGUAAAUACCAUGGACACACCUGCCUUUUUGUAUACGUCCUGGGUAAUGAGAGGUGGCUUUUGCGGCCAGUAUUAGACUGGAAGUUCACACCUAAGUACUGUAAUACCUCAAUGUUUGAGGAGCAUGUUUUGUAUACAAAUAUAUUGUUAAUCUCUGUUAUGUACUGUACUAAUUCUUACACUGCCUGUAUACUUUAGUAUGAUGCUGAUACAUAACUAAAUUUGAUACUUAUAUUUUCGUAUGAAAAUGAGUUGUGAAAGUUUUGAGUAGAUAUUACUUUAUCACUUUUUGAACUAAGAAACUUUUGUAAAGAAAUUUACUAUAUAUAUAUGCCUUUUUCCUAGCCUGUUUCUUCCUGUUAAUGUAUUUGUUCAUGUUUGGUGCAUAGAACUGGGUAAAUGCAAAGUUCUGUGUUUAAUUUCUUCAAAAUGUAUAUAUUUAGUGCUGCAUCUUAUAGCACUUUGAAAUACCUCAUGUUUAUGAAAAUAAAUAGCAAUUAAAUGAUGCAA